CUGGGCUUUAGAACUGCCACUGGGCUUCAUAACUGCCACUGUGAUAUGCAUUUUAUCAAGAAAAACAUAUCACCCACUCUCUAAAAUUUGCUUCCCUUAUUUAUUUUAUAAAUAUUUUUUUUGUAUUUUCUCCAUUUCUAAUAAUCAAUUCUCUGUCAUUUUAUGUCUCCAUCUUACUCUAUCUGCCACAUGUUCGUUUUCCCUCUUUUAUCUCACCAAUCAUCACACCCAAAAUAUGCUCAGCUAAUCAACUCCAUGCAAAAGCCUAACAUAAACUGUCAACAAAUUUCACACAGUUGCUACUUUCUAAGCUCUUUUUGAUACUAAUUAUGUCAUUAUUUCACAAAAAAAUAAACCUUUUUUAAGCAUAUUUUUUGAUUUUAGAAAAUGGGUUUGAGGAGAAUUCCAUGGGGAGGUCUUUUACUGUGUUGGGUAUUCAGCAUUUUGUGCUUUAAAGCUGUAUGUGAUGUACCAGAGUAUACUGUAAAGUUCUUGCAGGGUCCCCCUCAGUUCUCUCGUCUGAACUCAGCUGCAUUUUCUUUUGAAGCUUUACUAGCAAACACAACACAAACUUGCUCCAACUGUAGCUUCAAUUGCAAGUUAAAUGAUGCUUUUUCCUCAAAUUGUGGGGGAAGGAAUGUUUCUUUUGUGGGCUUGCAGGAUGGAAAUCAUAGCUUGCAGGUCUGUGCCAAUGCAUCCCAAGGAGUUGGCUGUGCUAGUUAUAACUGGACUAUUGACACAAUUCAUCCUACAGCAUACAUUUCAGCUUCGACAUCUUUCACAAGCGCUCCCAAUUUCACUGCAUAUAUUUCCUUCAGUGAACCAUGUAAUGGUGGAGGUGGCUUUAGGUGCUUAUCUGUCAAUGCCUGCGACCUUCUUGUGUAUGGUUCUGGACAAGUUAUACCAAAUACACUUCAAACUAUCCAGCCAAACCUCAAAUAUUCAGUAGUUGUCAGUUUACCUAAUAAAGUUCAAUAUGGAAGGUCAAUACUUGUUAUGGAUAAAGGAUUCUGCACUGAUAUGGCAGGAAAUCGUUUCAUCCGACCAAUAAAUUCAAGUCUUAUUGUACAUUUUGAUAGAAGAAGUGUCUCUGUUAGCCUAAGAACCCAUGUUCCUGAAAAGCUAAUUCAGCUUGGCGGUGACACUAGAACUGUGCAGGCAACUAACAGUUUCAAGAAUCUCAAGGUCUAUCUUUAUUUUACAGAGCCUGUCUUAAAUACCUCAACAGAAAUUUUGAGUUCAAUCAAGACAACAGAGGGGACACUUCGCCCAAUAAAUGGAAGUAGCCUUGCCAAUAGAAGAUUUGGAUAUAUGAUUGAAAAUAUACCAAACAUUACCAUUGUCACAGUAAGCCUUAACUCAAGUCGUGUCCUCAGUAGACAGGGUUCUCCUGUUUCUUCAGUGGCUCCUGCUACAUUUUUAUAUGACACAAAGAGGCCAGCAGUGAGGUUGAGCACAACAUCUAAAAUGAAAACAAAAGAUAGUAGUAUUACAGUGUCAAUUAAGUUCCUGAAGCCAGUGUUCAAUUUCAAUUCUAGCCACAUUUCUGUUUCCGGAGGUCACCUAGAGAGCUUCGAAGAACUGACACGGAAUGUGUACGUUGCAUUUUUACAAGCCUAUGAGGGCAUCAUGUCUAUCAGCAUUCCUGAAAAUAUGACUGCAGAUGUUGCAGGGAAUCCAAAUUUGGCUUCUAAUGUUUUACUAGUGAGGCACUAUUCUUUGCCUAUGAUAUCAACCGUCUUUUGCAUAAUCGUUACAGCACUGUUCGUGGCAACAUGUUUGGUGGCUGGUCUACUGACUAUAUCCACAGCAAGCCUACAGUCUGCUGGGGCAUUUCCAAGAUCAUCAUCCUCACUGACUUCUGACCCUACUAAGAAUCUCUUUAGAAUAGCUUGUUACAUUCAAGUAUUUGCUUUUUCAAGGUGGCUAGCGGUCACUCUGCCUGUGGAGUAUUAUGAAUUCACUCGAGGCAUACAGUGGAGUGUUCCCUACCUUUGUCUUCCAUGGGAUAGCGACCAUUCUCAGCCCAUGUUUUUCACUCCAAACACCUCCGUAAGCUCACAUUUAUUUAAAAAUGGACUUAGCAGCAUUGCCCAAACAGUUCAAUCUGAGAAAGGCAGUCUUAAUAAAGCUGGAGUAAUUUAUGGUGCUCCACUGACUGCAAUGGAGUACAGGUCGUUCUUUGAGAGCCAAAAUAUUAUCCCAGAAGCAGAAUACAUAACACGCUCUGACAGUUUAUCCAGAUGGAAGGAUUUUGAGAGAACCAUGUUCUGGUUAGCUGUAAUCGGUGGCUGCUUGAUUCUACUUCAUUUUUUCCUUCUCUUAGUACUAAAACUCAGGAGAAAUUACUCAAGAAUGAAGACUUAUGGUGCUCUUGUUUUACCGCGAUUUGAGAUAUUCCUUACAAUUCUAGCUGUACCUUGCAUCUGUUAUGCUUCAGCUGCCUUAAUCAAAGGGAAAACAACUUCAGGGACCAUAAUUGGUGUUCUGCUGCUAAUUCUCAUGUCGUCUUUCCAAUUAGCCUUGUUUGUCUUCCUCUCAUAUGGGAUCACAUUGGGUUGGUUACUUCAGUACAAGGAAAUUCAUCAAGUAGGCCGAAAAUAUCAUUGGUAUCAAGAACUUGUCCGAGUUACUCUAGGUCCAGGUAAAAGGGGCCAAUGGACGUGGAAAACUCCUGAAAAUUCCAUAUACUUGGUCAAGUAUGGUCCUUUGUUUGAAGAUCUUCGAGGUCCACCAAAGUACAUGCUCUCAAUGAUCACUGGUGGAAGUCACAUGCCUGUGGACCGAAUUAUUGCCUCUGAAGACGAGACUGAAGAUGCUGAGGCACCCUUCAUUCAAAAAGUGUUUGGCAUCCUGAGAAUUUACUACACCUUCCUUGAAUCCAUAAGGCGGUUCCUGCUAGGAAUUUUAGCUGGUUUAUACUCAGAAAAAUCAUCCUCUAAGGCUCCUACUACUAUCUUGCUAUGCAUUACAUCUUUCCAGCUUUUCUUCCUAGUUCUUAAGAAGCCUUACAUCAAGAAAAAGGUGCAACUAGUUGAAAUCAUAUCUAUUGCUUGUGAAUUGGGCAUGUUUGCAGCUUGCUUAGCUCUAGUGGACCGGGAUUUCUCUAUCGAAGCUGAGAGAGGAAUAGGCAUAUUCAUGCUUUCUCUCUUUUUAUUCGGCUUCCUUUCUUUAAUGAUAAACGAGUGGUAUGCUUUAUAUAAGCAAAUACGAAAGCUUGACACUUCAUCAAAGAGAUCAUUCCUAGUGGGCUUAAGAACUGCUUUCGUUGGGUUCUUUCUGCUCUUUCUUCCUGAGAAACUGAUAGAAAACGUUGACAAGUGGCUGCCAGAGGACAAAGCAGAGCGACAUAACGGAGAAAUCAGUAGGCUGAAUUUAACAGGAGCUGGAAGUAACAGGAGCUCAAGGAGUAGGAGCUCAAGCACAACUGAUAAGCCUUGGUUGAAACAACUGAGAGAAAUGGCUAAGGCCAGUUUCAAAGACGGGAAUUGGAAUAAUGGAAAUGAUCCUUCAAGCAGCAAUUCCAAAUGGAGUGGGUUUUGGGGUGGGAAGAGCGGAAGUUCAUCAUCAAAGACUCCAUCGGCUGAUCUUAAGUCUAGGCCAAAGAGUUUGUACAAAGAUUUGGAAGCCAUUUUUGCAUCUAAGUAAGAUUUUUCUGUAUAUUUUUUUUAAAAUAUACUGUCAUUGUUACCCUAAAGUGGAUGUUUAUGAAUGUUGGGCACCACAGUUAGUAUGUAGAGGGUUUAUAAAGUUUGUCAAGCAUGAGGCAUGGAACUGAAAUAAUUUUUUUGAUAAUUGUAUCCCUUUGACACUCUUUACUAAUGUUGAUGUUUUUGAGAAAUGAGAGGUGAAAAAUUUACACCAAUUGUGAAUAUUUUUCUACCA